AUGGAGGUGGUGCGCCUCGAGAACCGACCGGAGGGCGCCAAAUUCGAGGAUGUGCGCGAGCUCGUGUCGGGCGCGCGCGGAAAGACGGUCUAUGAGACCGGUGACAUCGACGCCGGUAUCUGGUCGGCCGGUAUCACCGUCGGCCUGAUCCACGACAUUCCUUCGUGCAAGGAGCUGUGCGCCAACAUUGAGCGCGAUGCCGAGACGCACAUCAACCGCCUCAGCACGCUCGUUGCCCAAAAGGGCAGCAGCUCCGCUGCGCGUGAGGCCAAGCUCUAG